AUAAAAGAUCACGGUCAUACCUAAAUCAAGUGUUUAUAAUAAAAUCACAUUGAGAAAUUUUUCAUUUAGAUAGAACCGCUGGCAGACUGCGAGUUACAAUUCAGGUCCAUCUCUACCAUCUUUUUGUCAUCCGAGUUAGUGACAUCUAACAAAAGACCAAGGAGCUUCCGAUCUAGCAACCAUGAGGGCGCUUUUUAUUCUCAUGUCGACCGCUUUGGCGGUUUCUAUGGUAGCUAGUCAGCCUCCUUCGUACACUCCUUGGCCGGUGAUGCCCCCUGGUGAUCCGCUUGAGCCAUUCCAAAACCCAGGAGAGAUCGUUCCCAACACUGGUCUAACGAUCCCGUAUCUGAUCAACGCUGCUGGGGGCAUCUGGCAACAGGGUCGUGCCAUUGACUCCGCGGCUUAUUUUUGCAGUGAUGUCCUACCUUUCAUCGCUUCGGUAGUACCGGAAGUAGAUGACUCAAGUCUUAUUUGGGGUCCACUAUGCGAUGAUGUGAGGGAAGCGUCGAGCGACCUUGAUAACUUCGACGCAACGGGCUGGUGUAAUGGAAUAAUCGAUAUGUUCUUUGAUCCCACAAACCUGGUAUAUGGUGGAAGGGUUCGAAGGCAAUCUUCCUCAAUGGGGUACCCUGAAUCCAUGGAACUUCCUUUUAAUAUCGUUGAAAUCCUAGUCAAUAUAACCAGGGAUCUCUAUGGAAUAGAUAUCAACGUGAUCAUCGAGGAUGUAUCCAUGAUCAGAACCAUCUGCACCGCCAACAUCAAGGAUCACUUCCUGCGGCCGUCCCUUGAGGACGUCAUAACUACUUUCGGCUCUGAGCUUAUGGCUGUUCUUCUACCUCAUGCACGUCCGAUCUGUGAAGACUUUGACGGCUUCCUUCAGAGCUUAAUGGUCAACUCAUCUUCUGAGAAAACUAUCGCCCAAGAUAUCCGUGACCUAGCAGCCCAAGCGGUCGGCUUCAGCAAUGGAGAUGCCCUUUGUGAGAACAUCCUUUCAACACUCGAAGAUGGAAGCAUCCAGGCCAGACGCUCAUUCUCAGAAGCUCGGUUUUCUAGCGUUUUCAGAAUUCCAGAAAGUGCAGGUCGAUGCUCUGUGCUGCUCAAUGGUCUCAUUGAUGACGUCAUCGAACCGAUUGUCCAAUUAGGAUACCCUAGUGGUAUGAUGUUUUCAAUAACGGAUGAGAUGAUUUACAUGUACACUGGAUUUCCGGGACCGGACCCUGUGGAUAGAAUGUGUCGAGUCGUGGAAAUUGCUUUCACUACGCUGGUGGAUCUUCCUGAUUCAGUACCAAUUCAGCUCAUCCCAGAGACAAAUCUUAGUGUGGAGUUCUUCAUCAAUGCGGCAGGGGGUCUGUGGCUUCGUGAACGAACGAUUGAUUCCUUUGAUUUCGGUUGCAGAGAGAUCCUCCCCGAUCUUCUCAGGCUGGCGCCACUUUUGACCAACUAUUCUGCCUACUACGAGCCAAUCUGCAGCGAGAUUCGCGAGGCUGCAAAUGACCUCGAUGCGUUUGACGCAGAGGGGUCAUGCAACGAUUUGAAAGCCACCUUCAUGAACCUGAUUAACCAGGACGCCGGCAGAAGGAGGCGAAGGCAGGCGGAGGAUCCUACGGCUCCGAGCUUCGACAUCAUCGAAAUCCUGGAGGAUAUCCUCAGAGACGUCUACAACAUUGAUAUCUCGGACGAGUCCACCAUAUGUCCGAAUAUCGGCCAGUUCCUUGGUCCAGCCUUGCCCGACUUGGUCACGAGAUUCGUCGGAGAGCUGACCAACCCCUUACUUCCCGCGUCAAACUACUACGUGUGCUCAGACUGGACUGAAUAUCUUCCAAGUGUUGGGAUCUACACCAAUUCAUCCUAUUACCCUAUCAUCUUGGCAGCAGCAGAUAUAGGAUCCCGAAUGCUCGGAUAUGAAAAUAGGAAUGACAUCUGCACGGCUAUCCAGGAAGGUCUCACAAAUGGAGAUGAAGCUGGGAAGCGUUUCGGGAGGAAUGCCUUUGAGAGUGCCAUUGACAUCUUCACUGACGUUGACAGGUGUAUUAGGAUCGGGACGGACGCAGUUGAUGACGUCGUUGAACCCGUCGUUCGAGUCCUGCUUGAUCAUGAUGAAUUUGAAGUCACAAGAUACAUGAUGGCCCGCUACACGGGAUACAGCACCGUGCAGGAAAUCUGUAUCGCACUGGAAACAGCUUUCACUGAAUUAUUCAACAGUACUUUGACGGUGACGAUUACCGUUGAAACACUAAAUGGAGAAGAACUUCAGUUCACGGACGACCUAAACAACAGGAACUCGGCUGCCUUCAAGAGACUUGAAACAGCCUUCUGCGGAGGGGUUGUGAAUCUCAUUGAGAACGAGUCGGGUGCUCGUCGAGUGGAAUGUACAGUGACGUCGUUCAGCCCUGGAAGCGUUGUUGCUGAGUUAGACGUAAUGGUCUAUGCUACAACCCAAACCGACGCUGAUGGCAUCGCGGAAAGUGUGAGCGAGCUGUCUGCUGACGUUCUUUCGUUCGACGGAGAUUCUCUGGGCGUUUCAGAGAUCACAUCCAUGGUGACUGGAGGUGCUGGAAAGAUUCGAAGUCCGUCCAUAGGAGCAAUCGUAUUCUUUGCCUUGGGUGUGGUUACAGCGGGACUAUAGUAGAUCUGCCUUCAUCGGCGAUGACGUCAUUUCAUGUGAACGGAUAAAAAAUAUGACAGAAGAAUCGCCGUCGAUUCCAACGCAUGGACGCGCAAAUCAAUUUGAAGUUCUAUUGCUAAAGGGGAGUGAACUAUGUGUGGUCUUUCAUUGACUGUGUGUUAUAAAGACAUAGUCCUAAAAUAUACUUUAUCAGAUAUCUAAUAAUACCACAGAGAAUAAAUUUACCUAUGAUUGUAUUUGUUUUGAAACACUAAAAUAUUUUGAGAGGAAAAGUAAUUGUUUUGUUGCUUGGUAACAUAAUUGUUG